AUGUUGCGAGGAUCUCGAGGCGUUCCGCCCAUGCGAGGAUUUAACAGUCGCGGAGAUCCCUCCUUAUUGCCUCACGAACGUGUUCGGCCGCUACGGCGGCUGAAGUAUGCUUCAAGCCCGGAUGCUAAAGAUACCCAGUUCAACCACCGCCGGAAACUCAUUCGUCCUAGGUGCACCCGACUUCGGAAACCGACGGGUAUCAGUCCAGCGAACCACUCGGGAACUGACCCAGAAGAUGAUAGCGCAGCUCUACCGAGGACUACGACCGCCGGUGGCGACACAGAGUUGUGUGCAGAGUCCGGACAUCUAAAUGAUAGACAGAAUAAUGGAUACGAGAGUGAGAAAAAUGGAUCGGAGAGGAAUGGGGUGAAAAGAAAUGGUUCGGAAAGGAGUGUUUGGGAGAAGAAGGGAGACAGGCAUCGGGGUGGGUUAAGCAUUCGCCAGACCGUCGGCAUCCCUUACCGAGCACCGUUGUAUGGGACGUGCUAUCAAACAAGUCGUACGCUAAUGACGCAAACGUCUCGAACUCAAACUCAGUCGACCAGGACACAGACAACAGCUCGGACGCGUGGCAGCCGGAUGUCUCGUUGUUGGGCGAUUGACCCCGUUUUUGCAGAGCGUGAGAUUUGUCGGUCUGAGUCUUACGACUAUGGGGAUACCGAUUCUUUGUUCGAAACUCCAGGUGACCGUAUGCUCGCUGUUCAUGACCGAGAGCGGAGACGAAGACCGAGCGCGGCCCUGGACAGCCAGGAGGGCUACCGAGCUACGCCCUUUUCCACCCCGGAAGACGAAGGGCCUCUUCUCAACUAUAGAACCAGUCCCACAAUCGCUAGAUUGCGUUUUCCCACGUGCUCUGGAGACGUGUGCGGAUUCGUCAAUAAAACCCGGGCUGAGAAGAUCCUGUCAGAUGGCAUCAAGUACGGUGCUCACCCUCCGGGUAAUAAUCCUUCGGGCAAUAACCCCCUGGGUACUAACCCUCCGAAUAAUGGCAUUGCUGCUUGCCGGAAUGCAAACGCGAGGGCUCACUCAAAUGCUAAGCUCAAUGCUGGCCGGAGGAGGGUCGGCUGCCGGAGUGCCGGUUGCCGAAACGGCGACCGAGAUGCGGAUCGUUAUGGAGGUGCGGAGGGACGGAGUAGUUGGAACGGAUACCCCAUGCCCGACUUCAAGCGAAUGGGUCCCGGUGGCCACGGCAGACGGAGCGACAAGAUUGCGAUUGUGAGGGACUGUCUGGCAUUCGACAACGAAGCUGCUCGAGACGAACACUCUGCCCAAGACGGGCAGUAUGCCCAAGACGGGCACUAUGCCCAAGACGGGCAGUAUGCCCAAGACGGGCACUAUGCCCAAGACGGACAUCCGAUGAGGGAGCACAUAUUCUCCCAUGCCCUUUCGCCGGGCGAGGUCUUCGAGACUCCGUCUGCUUCUUCCGGAGAGGGUAACCCGCUCAACAUUGAGACGCCACUGUCGUCUUCUCCGGGAAGCGCAGCACCGAACUCGAGUGGUCUCCCAAACUCGUGUGCGCGGCCAACUAGGAAUGGAGAACCAGCCGCGAGUGGAGGACCGGUGGCGAGCGGAGCACCGACUCCUUUGUUUCAGACGGCCCGUGGAGACAGCUGCAGAGCAGUAGCGAGUCGAGGAGGGCCGUCGCCGCGUGGCCGGCGUAUAAGCGCGCCGUCCUGUCUAAGUGGGGCCAAAAUGACGGAGCCUUUCCACACCGAGGACCUCUCUGACCAGAGCUCUUUCUGGGCCAUGGAAGCUGGUAUGGAAGCUGGCAUGGAAGCUGGCAUGGAAGCUGGCAUGGAAGCUGGCAUGGGGGCCGGUAUGGGGGCCGGUAUGGGGGCCGGCAUGGGGGCCGGCAUGGGGCAUCCGUCUCUUGGGUGUCCGGAAACGUUGUUGGACGCGGCUGGCGACUAUUUGGAGGGCGAGGUGAACCUUCUGACGGAAGUGCCUCCCGCACGUCUCCAAGUUCCGCUGCCCCCGGCCGAGGGUUAUCGGAGCAAUUGGGUUGGUGGAGUGGGGGCCGCAGCCGAGGGGGAGGCCGGUGGUAUUGGUACUCGUGGUUAUACUAAUACUAGCACUGGUGGCACUGGUGGUGGCACUGGUGGUGGCACUGGUGGUGGCACUGGUGGUGGCACUGGUGGCACUGGUGGUGGCACUGGUGGUACUGGUCGUGGUACUUGUGGUGGUGGAGGAGGUGAGGGGGGUCGGAAGAUAACGGUGGACGAAGCGGUGGAGAUGGCGCAGAACUUGGUGCGUUGGGUGGAUCAGGUGCUGGAACAUGUGCAGCGUACACAGGGGGGUGGUAGUACGCGGUAUCUGAUGCGGCGUAUGUGUGGUAAGAGUCGACAGAGGAAGAUGUUUGUGAACGCACCGAAUUUCAGCUUGAUGAAGUCGAUGAUGGCGGGCGGUAAGGUUGAACAGGCGACGACGAAGAUGGUGCGGAAACGUGUGGAAAAAAAAGUGAUGGACGUGAGUAGUGGUACGAAAGGACUAGUAGUGCAUUUCGGACAUCGAUCAUGGAACACAGUAUUGAACAUGAUGGUUGGUAUCCGGUUAGCAGCAACGCGUGUUAUGAUAUCGGCACCGCCGGAUGGUUUUAUGGCUCGAGUUGGAGUCGGUUUCGGUAACGCGCGAGAGAGCUUUACGGGGUUAGAUGAUGGUAUGUUGGGUAGCUAUGAUUUCAUUAUUAAGGACAACUUUUCGAUCCUACCUCGAGUCUCUAAUUUGGUUGAUAAGAUGAAGCGUUACAAUUACUCAAUCGUUCGUUUUAUUGACUAUGCGCCGCUCGUGUUCAAACGUCUUCGCGAAUUAGAUGGACUUGACGGAGCUGAAUACCUCGAGUCCGUCGGGCCGGAACAGUUGUUGUCCAAUAUGGUCUUGGGGAAUUUGUCGUCUCUCAGCGAACUUUGCACCGAGGGCAAGUCCGGUGCACUAUUUUACUACACUAGCGACGGUAAGUUCCUCGUCAAAACCAUGACCAAGGACGCUGCCAAACUCCUACGGAGCAUCCUACGUAGCUACUACGAACAUAUCAUCAGCCAUCCCGACUCUCUUGUCGUCCGCUUCUAUGGGUUCCACGCUCUUCGAAUCAAAACUGGCAAAAAUAAAGUACGCAAACUGUACUUCGUUGUCAUGCGAAACCUCUUCCAUACAUCCGUGCUUAUCCAUCGACGCUAUGACAUCAAAGGCAGCUGGGUAGGACGCAGCACACUCAACCAGGUCAAGACUGUCGCGAACACCACACGGACCGGCGGCAACCACGUCGGGGGUGAUCCAACAGGCGGAGAGCCGAAAGGCGGAGAUCCGAAAGGCGGAGAUCCGAAAGGCGGAAGGCCGAAAGGCGGAGAGCCGAAAGGCGGAGAACUGAACAAUGUAACGGAUCAUGGAGCGACGCGGAGGGAGGACGCCAUCCCAUGGGACCCCACCAUUGCACUGAAGGACCAAGACCUAUUGCGACUGAAGGAUUACCUGUACCUCCAGGCAGAAACCCGCGACCGACUCCUUGAAACACUUGAACAAGACACGGCAUGGCUUGCCAAGAUGCAUCUCAUCGACUACUCGCUGCUUCUUGGCAUCCAUGUCAAAGGUCUCAAUGACAAGCACAACAUCCCCCCGUACCAAUGCUACCGACAUGCUCUCCGAACUCGCAAACCGGAUCACCAGGCCUUGAAUCCAGACCCGGCGCUACAACAUACAGACGGCUUACCUGUACGUGGCCUACUCCUAGAUAAUUUGCCAACAGGCGGGCCACCGGGGUAUGGACUAUCGGGGUAUGGAGUACCGGGGUAUGGAGUACCGGGGUAUGGAGUACCGGGGUAUGGAGUACCUGGAGAUAGAUUACCGCCUGAACGACAACGAUUACCUCCUACGGAACGAGAUAGACUGCGACAUGCUGACAGUUAUGCAGGUUAUCGUGUUGGCGAAUCCCACAAUGAAGAUCCCGAGGAGGACCGGCCGAAGUUGAUGAGAAGUACCAGCUUAUUCGAUCAGCAAAAUAAUAUCACAGACGAGGAAGAUGAAGAGGAGCUUUUGGAAGACGUGCAUGGAACUGCCGUAAGUCCGGACAGUAGGUUCUAUUAUUUCUGCGGUAUCGUUGACAUUUUGACGUUAUACAAUAAUACCAAACGGGUCGAACAUCUCUGCAAAAGCAUUACUCAAGACAGAAGGGGUAUCAGCUGUGUAAAGCCGAACCGAUAUCAAGAACGCUUCAUGAACUACUUGCGUAAUAUAUUCAGAACGGGGAAUCCCCCCGCCGUGGAUGAAGACUAA